GUGAAAAUAGCUUCGAUCCAGGCAGCCUCGUUCUGUUCCCAAACUAAAUCCGCGUUGACGGAUUUCAAAAAUAAUCCCCAUCAGAGAAAACUCCGUGCCGCCAUGAACGAUUAUUGCGACGGUGGCAAUGGUUCGUUGAAUGCAAAAGCCAUGAGAAGCCGAUGGGAUAGCCUCAAGUUUGAAAAGGAAGAGGAGAAAGGAAAGUCCACCAACGCUGGUGCGUGGAGGAGUCGCGGCAGCAACGACGGCGGCCGGGACAAACGAUGGACCCAAUCUUCCAAUUCCAACGCUACGCAUCGCGACGGAACGGAACUGCGCCAGCCCAGGUUUCGUGGAUCCUUUUUGCAACAGCAGAAACAGAAACAGCAAGACCACCAACGCAACCCAGACCGAUGGACUGGCGCCCACUAUGCAAGGCGACCCGUUUUCGACCCGCCCACAAACACCGAGGCAAGGAAAAGCGAGCAAAAUGCCCAGCCACCGUCGACAAUGUCGAUGGCAGAACGCGCUGAAGUGGUAGAAUCCCUCAAAUCACAGCUCUUUCGAUACCAAUCGUCUGAAGAUAACAGUGGCCAUGACGAAUCGGUUCUUGUUGACAACCUCACAAAGCUUCUCCGCGAUGACGCUACAACGCUUGGUGCCCCCUGUCGUCAAAAAGGUAGCCGAAGUGGACGGGAUGAUUCCGAUCUCUUUCUGACUCUUCUUGGUCUUCUGGAAAUCAGGAUGAAUGGAACCAAACAUAAAUACAAUGCUAGCGCUGUUACUGAUGAGACGGACAAUGUGCGCCUAAUUCUGGCAAAGAGCAUAGAAUCGUGUCUCAGACAUUCUAUGAACAAUGACGACAACGAGAAAAUCAGCAAAUACAAAUCAUCGUCACCGGGGAUGGAGACGUUGGCUUUGUCCAGAUCCCAGGUGGAAUACGGAAUCUCGACGCUGUUGUCUCACUACAAACAAUUGAUGACGAUGACGAUGACGACGAUGACGACGAUUACUACUACUAACACUGCACCACUCCCGGUGUCUAACUUGCAGCAGCAACCCUUGGCAGCGGGUCUUCUAGCUACAAAUUCCGCCUUUUUGGCUUCUAUUGCUCUUUUUGUGAAGCUAUUUGCCAACCACUUGGCACCAGAAUGGACAGCACGAAAUGUKGUGGGAACUGUAUUCCUCCCACAUCUAUCAUCGACGUGUCGGAAGCCUGAACCGGACACAYAUGUAACCGUCUGCGUUUGCAACGCGCUGAUUGCCCUGUUGGAACGUCCGAGCCACGCGUCCGCGAUGCUCGCACCACUGGUAGAAGAUGUUUCGAUUUUACCGUCGGUUUAUGCACAAGAAGAAGUUGCAAAUCCAMUCCGUGUGAAAUUGCUGCAUUCGUUGCUGGAGCAUCUUAAAACGACCGACGAUCUGAAAAGAAAUUUAGAAGUUGAGAGUUUUGUGUGCCGUACGCUUUCGGCCUCCAUCGAUGCAAUUCGCAAAUUGGGAAAAGGGAACGAAACCAACCAUGCUGGCCAGAUCAAGGCAGACGUGCAAAUUAUUAUGAGACCAUUUGAGAAAUUCAUUACGAAAGUAGUGGCAGAGUUCAAGAAUGACGACAGCAGCACGACGACAAACUCCUCCAAGUCGGCAGUGGAAUCCAACCCACUGACGAUUGCAUCACUUCGUCUUAUGCGAGCCUUGAUCGCAUGUUAUCCAAACGAAAUGACAGGUAUCGGGUGGAAACUCAUCAUUGAAGGUGCGAACGGAAUGGAAAAUGUGGUACAGUCCCGUCAUGGUAGUGGUCGCCGUGUCUCGUCCUCCCCGGUGACGUUGUCGUACCUACCAUCCAUGGUUGUGACACAUUGCGACGACGACAGUGUACAGCGAAGAUACUAUAUUGAUCAUGAUCAAGUUGCGCUGACCAUGGAUUGUCUCGCAGACUUCAUCACGUUAUUGCCGUGGAACAAAUGGCUCAAGCAGAGUCCUUUUGGUAACGCACGACAGCAAUCGAUGAGAUCUCUUGACGUAGUAUCGCCAAAAGCAACAACGUCCGGUUUGUACAAAACCGUGGUAAAUGCGCUGUGUACACUGAUUGGAAUUGUAAAGAGUUGCUUUGAYAACUGUCGCGAUAAGGCAUUGAGGAGCAGCCUAGGGCGUCUCGUAAGURCAAUUUACCUAGAAAUCCCWUACUGUGACACCAAGCUAAUCCAAGCCGGGAGGGAUCUUUGGGAAAGCAUCAUAAGGGCUAUUCAUGGUUGUUUUGAAUAUACCGCCUCGGCUGAAAACAGCGACAAACAAAGCCUAGCAAUCGAAAUCCUGCUAGUCUCUUCGGGCGGGACGGUCACCCCUCAGGGUCAUUUGCGUGGAAUGUCUCUGCCUGCUCGAAAUUGGUUUCUGAGCGGAGAUUCUUUCGUAGAAAUGUUUCUUMAGGCAUUGAUGGAUUCUUUUGAUUCGAUGGACCGUCAUUUGGAUAUCAGCGUCAGGAUUUUAUCUUCUGUGCUGAGAACCCUUCCCGAUGUGGCGUUGCAAAGAUGGAAGGCCUUUCUCCAACUCUUCGACAAAAUAAACACGAGCAGCACUAACAAAAACGACCAGGUGCGUUUGGAAGUGCUUGAGUCGCUCAUGCUGGGAAGGAAAGAUUUUGAYGUAUCAUCUGAUAUGAAGCCAAGAAACGAUGGGAUCAUYACAGAUCUGGAUACAAUGUUGCUCAGACCUUGGAGUCGGAACGGUCAGCGGCGGCGUUUGACCAUAUACUCGGCGUUUCGAAGCCAGGAUUGGCUGCAACUAGACCGUAUAAAUGGCCGGCUCCUCGAUCAUUUUCAACAAAUUGUAGGUCAUUGCAACGAUUCGAAUGCGAAAACUCGCGAAGCAGCUGCCAAAGCCGUUGGUGAAUUUUGUUCUCGUUACAUAAUAAUUCGGAGCGCGGCUGACGAGACCCUGUGGCAAACGAAGAAAGAAACAUACGCAUGGAUCGCAGAAAAAGUCUGUGUCGCGAUGCUGGAGCUUUGUAGGGACCAGAACGCAGCAGCCCGGUCGAUGUCGAUCUUUUGCUUAGGAAAUCUAACAAGUGCCCUGAAAGCAUCAAACUCCGAGGAACUUUUGGAUUUGACAAAGCUACAAGAAACAUCGAACGCCAUUUUUGAUUCCUUGAACGAUGCAAACGACAAAGUGGUGAAAAACGCCAUCCGGUCCAUUGGACACGCGGGCAAUUUGUUGGCAGGGUCGAUGAGGUGCAAUCCCAAGGACGAGGGUGUAUCAUCGUCUUGCGGAUUGCUCGUUGCAAUGGUAGAGGCGUUGACCCAAAAACUCUCCAACACGUUGCACGUGGCAUUGAACGAAGAGCAAAAGUCUGCCAUGACAUGGAAAGAGAGAUCGGCCGCAAAGAAGCACGGUUGGGGUGCUUGCCACUCGCUGGGACUCAUCUUUGAGGGCCUAUCGGUGGAACUUGUCGAGGGGUCCGACUCCUUUGCCGCUGCCUGCAGGGGGGCUUUCCGACGCCUGGCCGUUUGCCUCCGCCAUCGCGAAGCCCUGAACGAAAAGGUCGUCCUCGCCGCGAUGGCGGCACUCGGCCAGCUCCCCGGUGGCCUCCUGGUUCUGGCCGGCUCCCGGGGAGGAAGCCUGGGUGAGGCGCUGGCGGGUUCGAUGCUCCUGCUCGAAUCUUCCCAAAGGGCCCGGGACCACCGCAAUCCCCACGAAGCCAGCCCGAGGGUGGCCGCAAAGAACCAGGACCUUCUCCGCCACCUGCUCGCGGCGGCCCCGGUCGAAAGCGCCACAGAGGCUCUUACCGGCGGUGGCGGCGGUGGAGUAACCCCCCGCACCCUGAACGUCCUGUACGCGUGGAUGGUGGAGGCACCGCAGCUGGAGGUGCUGCCGGCCCGGUCCUUCGAGGUGGUCUCCCUCGCCCUCCGKCACCAGGAGCGCUGGCCGUCCGGCGUCGUUGGGCUCGAGCAGCGCUUCGCCAGCCGCGCGGUCCAGAAGCGCAAGCUGCUGGAACGUCCCUCGGAGAACCGCAUCAAUCCCAGCGGMAGCACCAGCGGCAUCYAUGAAACCCGAGCGGAGGGCAACGACGAACAAGACGAAGACGCGGACGAAUUGUAGAAAACCGGUGGUAUUUAACAUAAAAUAUCUUGUUAUCG